AUGGAGAAAUUGGUUCACUCACAGGAAGCCAGCAAUCUCGGCACAGCGAAAAUAACCCGGCCCCAAAGCUCCGAGCGUCAAAGCGGCUCGGUCAAGAUCCGAAAACUCAAGACUAGGGAUGCCGAGUGUCGGAGCCGCCAGAGCAAGGGGCCACCGACGCAGAGUGACAGCCGUCGACAAUAA